AUGGCGUCGUUCACCCUCUCGUCGCCUGUCCUGCCCAACUCCAUUCUGUCCCCGGCUCCUCACACUGCAGCAGUUCAGCAGAUUUCCAUUCCAGCCGUUUCUGGCCUGAGGGUGGGAGCGCGUCAGCAGGAGAGCAAGCGCAGCGUUUCGCACACAUCCACCCCAGCGUCGCCACUGCUAUGCCGCGCGUCCGCCGAGAAUGCCGGCGACGCUGCAAUCAGCCGUCGCGGCGUGAUGCUCACCGGCGGGUUGGCCGGUGUGCUGAGCGUGGUGCCGCCGGUGGUGGGGUGGGCAGUGGCGGCUGAGGACCUGUCGGAGUGGGAGCAGGUGCCGCUGCCCGUCGCGCCGGGCGUCGUGCUGCUCGACAUCGCCUUCGUUCCCGACGAGCCCGACCACGGGUUCCUGCUGGGCACGCGGCAGACGCUGCUGGAGACGCGCGACGGCGGGCGCACGUGGGCGGCGAAGGAGAUCCCGUCGGCGGAGGAGGAGGACUUCAACUACCGGUUCAACGCCAUCAGCUUCCAGGGCAAGGAGGGGUGGAUCGUCGGCAAGCCCGCCAUCCUGCUCUACACCAACGACGCCGGCACCACGUGGUCGCGCGUCCCUCUCUCCGCGCGUCUGCCCGGCACCCCUGUGUCGAUCUUCGCGACGGGCGAGCGCGCGGCGGAGAUGGUGACGGACGAGGGCGCCAUCUACGUGACGGCCAACGGCGGCUACAACUGGCGCGCCGCCGUCGAGGAAACCAUCUCCGCCACGCUCAACCGCACCGUAUCGAGCGGCAUCACGGGCGCGAGCUACUACACGGGCAGCGUGAGCACGAUCAACCGCUCGCCCGACGGCAGCUACGUGGCCGUGUCCAGCCGCGGCAACUUCUUCCUCACCUGGGAACCCGGCCAGACCUUCUGGCAGCCGCACAACCGCAGCAGCGCGCGGCGCAUCCAGAACAUGGGGUGGCGCGCGGACGGCGGGCUCUGGCUGCUCGUGCGCGGCGGAGGUCUCUUCCUCGGCCAAGGGGAGGGGGUCUCCGAGUCGUUUGAGGAGGUGCGCAUCGCCAGCCGUGGCUUUGGACUGCUCGAUCUCGGAUACAAGAGCAAUGACGAAGCGUGGGCAGCGGGCGGCAGUGGGGUGCUGCUGAAGACGGUGGACGGGGGCAAGACAUGGGUGCGGGACCGAGUGGCGGACAACCUGGCAGCCAACCUGUACAAUGUCAAGUGA